ACACUCAGCUGGCUGUUUGAACCUUGUGGUGCAUGACAGAAGUUAAAGUUUGUGUUCAAAUCUGCUCUCAGUCUUGGCCUCGAAUCACAUUGUUACACAAAAGCUUACAAAACAGAAGGUGAAACUUUGCCCUGCUCGUGUUGUUGAUGUCAGUGUUUCUCACAGCAGAGAGGAACUGGUUACAAAGGUCUUGACAGGACACCGCAUGCAUGCACAUGCACUCACCUGCACUGAACUCCCACCUGGAAUUUUACGUAAUGCCGAAAAAAUAACCGACAUCUAAGAAGAGCACCUGUCAGGCAUGUGCCACCUUAGCUGUGAGAGUGACAACAUAAACCACCACAUGUGAUAAGAAAGGAGUAAAACCAUGCUGCUGGGUCACGAUGACAUUGUGGAGCCAGGCUGCAGGAACAACAUGACCUCAACGUAACCUUAACAGAGAUCUGAGUGUUGCAGAGACUAGAGCAGAGAACCAUGAAGUCUUCCGAGAAGGCCCAGAGGGAGAAGGGGGUACCUGAAAAACCAGCAUCAGUACCUGAUGGAGGCUACGCCUGGUUCGUCCUGCUCGCCUGCUUCCUGGUCUUUGGCCUGACAUUUGGGGUCAUUAAGGCCUUUGGUGUUUUCUAUGUGGAGAUACACCAGUACUUUGAAACCACAGCUACGGCAACAUCUUGGAUCACUUCUAUCGCUGUAGCUACCAUCCACAUCGUGGCUCCUGUAGCAUCUGCUCUGAGUGCUCACUUAUGCCAUCGCUCUGUGGUGAUAGUGGGAGGUCUGAUCAGUAGCCUCGGAGUCGUGUUUGGCUCUUUUUCUCGUAAUGUGAUUGAGCUCUACUUAACUGUGGGAUUCUUAAACGGGUUUGGCUAUGCGCUAACAUGGACCCCCACGGUGACAAUGCUGGGCUUGUACUUUGAGAAGAGGCGUCCAGUUGCAAACGCCCUGGCCAGCGCUGGAGAGUGCAUCCUUACCUUUGUCCUCACACCCCUGUUCCAGCUGCUGAUUGACAGCUACUCAUGGAGGGGUGCUUUGUUGAUCCUGGGUGGACUCCAGCUACACCUGUGCAUGUGCGGGGUGCUGUUGAGGCCUCUAAAAGCCCCCAGAGACUUGAUAAGUGAGGUCAAAGCACAGGAGGAAGGCUUGUCCCUGGAACUGCUACCAACAGAGGAUGCUGAGGGGCACAUAGGGAGCAGACUCUCUGUUGAUCAUGAGACAAGUGACGCCCUUCCUGAUGACCUUAAAGAGGCACCCAACAAGACUCAAGACUCAGACAUGAGUCGAAGGGGUGAACUCAGGACCAAAAUCCUUCGCUAUGUGGAUUACACCCUCAUCGCAAAUCCUCGUUUCAUGGUCUACUCAAUGUUUGGAGUGUUUGCAGCUCUGGGUUUCUUUGCACCCGCUCUCUUCCUGGUUCCAUAUGCUCGGAGUAGAGGCAUGGAAGAGUACCAGGCGGCCGCACUCGUGUCCAUCUCUGCAGUGUUGGACCUGUUUGGAAGGGUGUUCUUCGGCUGGGUGGCAAACCUGAGACUGGUCAAAACAGUGCAUCAGCUGACAUUGUCCGUGAUCCUGCUGGGCACCGUCCUCCUCCUCUGCCCUCUGGCUUCCUCGUUUCCUGAGCUGGUUGGUUUCAGCACAGCAUACGGCCUGGUUUAUGGCGCUACUGUCGCCAUCCACAUCACGGUGCUAGCCGAGGUUGUUGGCAUCCACAGGCUGGGAAGUGCGCUGGGGUUCUUCAUGCUCAUACGCAGCAGCGGAGGCCUACUUGGACCACCCAUUGCUGGAUUCUUCAUCGACAAGCUGAGUGACUAUGGGACGGGGUUCCUCAUGGCAGGAGUGGCUCUCAUUGUCUCUGCCAUGUUCCUGCUCCUCCUGCACCAGAUGAACCUCAGGGUAGAGAGCUCAACCAACAAAAACUGCAACAAAUCAAGAGCAGAAGCCAAAGAGAUGGACAUGACAUGAAAGAAGAGACAUGGCAGUAAUAAACUUCUGUGAGGAAUCUACAAUACAGUGCAAGGUCACUGCAUUCUGCAAAAUCUAAUCAUUUCACUUUCAUGUCUGGGCAAAAUUUCACUACAAUCCCAUAAUGCAUUCUCAGUCAGAAUAUUGUGCUCACAAGAUCUGAAGUCACAGUGACCUUUGACCUUGUUUUUGUAACUGCAAACAUAUUAGAUUUUUUUCUUGAAUCAAAGAGAACAUUUGUGCAAAAUCUGAAGAAGUCUCUUGAAGCCUUCUUGAGAUUACAAGCAAAAGGCUGAACAUAAGGCCCAGUGACUUUGACCUUUGACCUCACAGGUCUCAUUAGUUCUUCUUUGAUUCAGAGUGGCUGUUUGCACAAAGUUUAAAGAAAAUCACAUGAAGGUUUCUUGAGAUGUGGUAUUUACAGGAAUGGCUCAGAUGCAUGGAUGGACCAAAAAAAACUGACAAAAUGAACUGAGUCUUUAAAAUUUCUUUAAAUUCUGAUUAUCUGUCUGGGAUUUUGUGGAUAGUUUGGAGUUAGAAGGCAGCCUUCUGGUCUGUUGUUGUGACCAGAAUAUGAAUCUACUACAGUUGGGGUUCUUAAAGGGGACAUAUUUUACCCAUUUAAGACAAGUCAGUGUUGGUCUCAGAGGUCCCCAAAACAUGACUAUGAAGUCUGUUGCUAAAAGAACACUUUUUAUGUCUAAAACACCCCUCUGUUUCAGCCCUGCUUUGCGUGAGCUCUUUCUGUGUCUGUGGCUUUAAAAGAGCUGCCUGACUCCGCCUCUGACCACACCCCUCUUAGGAAAUGGAUGUGGCUUAAUGGAUGUGGCUGUCAUGAUGGUCCUCUCAGCUUGCAGCUUGCAGUCCUCUUAUCCCCGCCGGGCAGAGCUUACUCUCCACAAGAGGUCAUGAAGGGGAAAUCUGAGAACGGCUUGUUUCAGCACACAUUUCUGAAAGGUGGGGGUGUGGGUGGGUGUUUCUGGUACUUGAGGGGAUUGUAGACAGGCCAGGGGCAUAUAUUUUUGUUAGAAAAGCCAGAAAAAGUGUUUUUUGCAUAAUACGUCCCCUUUAACUGAUCAACCCUCACAGACUGGGUGUAAUGUACUACUUGCAUGUCACAUCUUUCAUACCAGGAGUGUGUGUGCUGUGUGUUGGCUAUGUCUCCCUGCUGUCACAGCCCUGUCUUUCCUCUUAAGUUUAACCUCGUUAAACCACAGUGCAAGUGACUCAAGUCACUUUAUAACUGAACUGGGAUGGAAAAAAUUCAGAACUAGAAAAGCACUCGGAGAGUGCAGACCUCCGCCAUUAGCCCUAACCCCCAAUAGUGAGGAAUCCUUUCAAAAAUUCCUGGAUCCGUCCCCAUGUGCCCCCCACCAUAGCACUCGCUGAUUACUCCCUCCCGGUAGGGUGGAAACACGGUGAGGCAAAGCAUUGGCUCCUCUAUGUGUGUAAUGUCAUGGAGGAAGCAUUGCCUGCUGGUGCCAGCAGAUGCACUGAGGAGUCUCAUCCAUGGUCUCACUGGACGACUGGAAGUCAUGGCAGAGGGUGAAUAUUCCUCUAUUCCUCCCAACAUUGUGAUGUUCUCAUUACAAUUUGCUGUCUUUCUCUCUGUCACACUCCGACUCAUCUCC